ACUGACAGAGCGGCAGACUUGGUGUGAACUUCAGUGAAGCUUGAACGAGCAUUUCUCUGACUUUUUAAAUUACAAACCUAACUUAUCUUGUCUGACUUAGAACGGGAAUCUGGUCUGUGAACGCAACAUUUGUUUUACCUGUUGAUUUUUGUUUUAAUUAUUUGAUAUUUAUUUUGUAUGUGAGUCUGUGUGAGAGCAAGUUUGACUCAGACAUGGCUGAGGUACCGGCACCACAGCCGGUCGAAAUAGACCCUGAUUUUGAGCCUCUCACCCGCCCGCGGUCCUGCACCUGGCCGCUGCCCCGGCCGGAGAUCAGCGACCCGGCCAGCUCCAACACAUCCUCCCCGCUGCCAUCGGUGCAUCAGGAGCCGGGAGGAAACAGCGAGUUCAUCAGUAAACUCGGCUUGUUGGAGGAGGACUAUGAAGAGUAUGCAGAGCAGAAACCGCCUGUGCCUUGCAAUGAUUUUCAGUGUCUGGAGGGAAACUGUGUGCAUCCACACCACCUUCACCACCACCACCAUCAUCAUCCUCUUCAGCAGCAGCAGCAGCUCCCGGGUCCGCAGCUGCCGCCUCAGCAACAGGUGCCUCUGGCUGGGGCCGCAGCCCUGGGCAGCUCCGGCCAGAGGAAGAGCAGCUCGUCCCGUCGUAACGCCUGGGGGAACAUGUCGUACGCUGACCUGAUCACCAAGGCGAUAGACAGCUCACCUGAGAAGAGACUGACACUGUCUCAGAUAUAUGACUGGAUGGUCAAGAAUGUGUCUUACUUCAAGGAUAAAGGAGACAGUAACAGCUCUGCGGGCUGGAAGAACUCCAUCAGACACAACCUGUCCCUGCACAGUCGCUUCAUGCGCAUACAAAACGAGGGAACAGGAAAAAGCUCCUGGUGGAUGCUUAACCCAGAAGGGGGAAAGAGCGGAAAGUCACCUCGACGCAGAGCUGCCUCCAUGGACAACAACAGUAAGUUUGCCAAGAGCAGAGGAAGGGCCACAAAGAAAAAGAUGGCUCUACAGGAAGGGGUCGAGGGAGGAGCAGGCAGCCCUGGCUCCCAGUACUCUCACUGGCUGGGAAGCCCAAACUCCCACAGUAACGAGGACUUUGAAGCUUGGAGCUCCUUUAGGACGCGUACCAGCUCUGACGCCAGCACCCUGAGUGGUUGCCAUUCACCUUUCCCUUCUGAACAGGAUGACCUGGGAGAGUCUGAUGGCCAUAUGAUUUACCCUGGAGUGACGGGGACCAAGAUAACAUCCACCCUGCCUAGCCUUUCCGAGGUAGAUGGAUCGAUGGGCCAACAUGGCUCAGAGAACGUCAUGGAGAGUCUGCUGGGCAACCUGAACCUGCUUUCUCCUAAAACAACGCAGCUAGGUUCUGACACCUCACAUUCAUUAAAUUCUGCCAUGCUUCAGAAUAGCCCCUACAGCUCCACUGGCUUGACCCCGCAUCCACAGAAGGACUACCAUAAGGGCAUGUACGGCCAGGUGAGGAUGAACUCCCUGUCCCCUGCCCCCAUGCAGACACUUCCAGAGACCAAGCCGGGCUUCAGGGUGUAUGAGAACCAGUACAUCAGCCCUGCUGGCCUCCUCAAAGAGCUGCUGACCUCAGAGUCAGAGGCCAGCAGAGAUACACAGGCAUCUCAGGUUGGGAGGGGAGGUUGCCUAAUGCCCAUUUACAGCCACCGGAGCCACAGGGGGGGUCAUGAUGGAGUACAAAUGAUAAAUCCUCCUCAAAGUCUCCCAGCUCUUCAUGUAAAUCUGCACGCUAUACAUAGACAGGGUCCUUCAACCUCUCACGAUUUGAAUAGCUGUAACACAAUCCCCCUGACUAAUCUGACUAGUCUUGCAGCGGCCCCUCGAAUGACCAGCCUAAGGACAUGCAUGCAGCUGCCCCGUGGACACCCAGCACACUCUAGUGCUGUUUCGGCAAGCUAUGGCAGCAACAACGGCUACAAGGAACUCAGCUCGGUUCACCCACACAGCCAUCAUCAGGAGCGGCUGCCCAGUGACCUAGAUAACAUGUCCAUUGAGAGGUUUGAAUGUGACAUGGAGACUGUCCUCCAUGAAACCCUCAUGGAUGGCGGGGCCCUGGACUUUAACUUUGACCCCGCAGCUGGAUUUCCCCAGAGGGUGAAGACCACCACACAUAGCUGGGUGUCAGGCUAGGAUGCAUGGUGGAUCACAAACAGGUGGGACUGACAAGUAGUCUGGCAGGGCGUAACACCGCUGAUCACCUCCUUUCAGAGGCUGGAAAAUGUAAAUCCACAGAAGCCCCCACCCUCACUCUCCACAGAGCAUCUGACGAAAAGUUAUUUUCAAAAAUGUGCACGUCUUGAGUUGCAGCUUCAUGUACGACAAUGCAUAAAGUGCAAUGUUUUUGCAGAGCUAGGGUCAAUGAGUUCAGAUCCAGAUACGGACAGAAUCCAAAACUGUUUCAUUAAUAACGGUAUUGUACAUUUAAGAACUCUGCAGAGAGAAAGUGAAUGAGAAACAAGACAGCAUUAACAGAUUAGCCUUGUUUACCACAUGCAACCACACUGUGGGUGAUGGUGGUGAGGUGAAGAUGUUUUAAAAUCAGUUUACAUGCCAAACCAUUAACCAGUGGUUUUUGGUCCAGUGUUUAAAAUGUCAAUUAUGAUUUGAAAAUGGCACCCAAAUCAAGGAGGAUUUGAUAUGACAUUAGUGGACCAAACACCUGCUAAAUGUGAUGUUCUAUGUGGUCAGUGACAAGAAUUUCAGUUUUUAAGGGUUACAUUUGGGAAGGUCUUUCACCAUCCAGCUCUUAUGGCAAAUAAUUACACAUGGGUCAACCUAGUGAGAUAAUUUGUUUUAACUGUAUAAUCUCUAUAGUGAUAUAUGUAUCGCUAUGUAAUAUGUACAGUUUAUAAACUUUAUUAAAAUAAUAAAUUAAAAAUGUAAAAGACCCAGAGAAAAUGCAUGAUAAGAAAAGGAUAUUUUCAGGAAUAGACCUUUGGACAACAGCACAUAGCGGAUCAUGAAAUAAACACCAAUAAAUUGUGAAAUAUUCUAAUUGUCAAAUUGAACAUUAGUCAUAUCUUCUCACUAUGUCAUUAGAGACUGUGGGACAAGUUGCACCUCUGACUGAAAUUAAUUAUUAUUCACAUACUGUAUGAUGCUAUUUAUUUAUGUUUUUAUUUUAAGUGUACCUUUUGGACUAUACUUUGUACUUUGUAUGUUUGUAAAACAAAUAUGUGUGCCUAUGCUGUGUAAAAUGUAUAUACUGUAUUUGAGUUAUAUGAUUUUUUUAUGCUGUUUUUUGUUACAUCAAACUAAUAUUGAAUAAGGAAAGUGGUAUUAGAUAUGUCGCCUUCUAAAAACAGUUCACUGUAAAUCCAUACUGAUAUCAAUUAAAGUAGAGAAGUGCACUUGGUGAACACUCCCUGUUACGUUAAUGGUGUUUUCAUGCAAUAACUAGGAGUUGUUUAGUGCUGGUGUUUGGGUACACCUAUCGAGAAUAAUGCUUUUCAACAUCUUAUUUUGCCUUUUUGGACAAUGUGGCUGUCAAGGGAAACCCCUCACAGCUCUAGUGUACAUGGACAUGUCUAUCACUCUUGAAGUUAUUAAAAAACACUUCAAAACCACAUUGGGAUAAACUGAAAAAACAUGGUUAUACAAGUUUUGUAUAUGUGUGUGGGUGCCCAUGUGAGCGUGCAAGCUUGUGUGCGUGUGUGUGUUUGUGUGCGUGUGCAUGAGCGUGUGCGAGCGUGUGUGUGUGUGAGCGUGUGUGCGUGCGUGCGUUACAGUGGGAGAAGCAGUAGGUGGAGAGGCUGAUAGCGAGUUCCCUGAACUGACUGGAAAUGGAUUAUGGUCUUCAAAGUUUAGCUGACACAGCACAGGGUUCACUUGGUGUUUACCUCCCAGCAGCUACAGUGGUUAUGCACCAAGGAGUUGCCUACUCUACCAAACACAUUUUAAAGAAUGUGUGCCAAUUCACUGUGCCUACAUGAUCUCACGGACGUAUAAUGUACAUAUUAUUUCCUUCAGUAGUACAUUUUCGUACAUGAAGGGUUUAAAGUAGGAUUAUCCUGAAGUAUUCUACUGUAUGUAGGCCUAUAAUUGUGUUAGAAAUGAUGGUUUACAUAUCUCAGUCCAAACCAUAUCAAGAAAUAUAUGAACACUCAUACCUCAAAAUAGUUUUACCUCUGAAGUGUUGAAGGGAUAUUUCCAGCCAUUUUCCUGAGUGAGUAAUGUAUUGAAUAUUUUUGACAC